CGGCCCUGACGGGAGAGCGGUAGGGCCGUGACAGAGCAGCGGUGGCGGCAGCGGCGGGGCGGGCGGCGGGAAGGGCCGGGCGCCGUCAGGGAGGGGCGCGAUGCACCCUCCUUGCGAUGCACUUGUCGAAGCUGGACCGUCGCUGGAAUGUGAAGCAUGCCCGGCACCGUCUCCGGGAUCCGGUGCCCUUCCGCUCUGCCCGUCCCGUGGCAGCGGGAGCGGGGAGCCCGCGGGGCAGCGAGGGCAAGGCAGGGCGGCGCAAGGAGCGGCCGGAGGUGUCUGUCGGUGCUUGGGAGGGAGCAGCGACCGGUCUCGACCCGCCGGCUGUGGAUUCCUGUCGGGGGUCAAACACGCCUGCGGGAAAAAAAAACCUGGGUUAAAUGUUCCACCAAGUGAGAAGAGUGAUGACCAUCCUUUUCUUUACUAUGGUUAUCUCAUACUUCACUUGCAUGAAAGCUGCCCCAAUGAAAGAAGCCAGUCUAAGAGGACAAGGCAGCUUGGCUUACCCAGGUCUUCGGACCCACGGGACUAUUGAGAGCAUAAAUGGGCCCAGUGCCAGUUCAAGGGGACUGACAUCGUUGGCAGACACUUUUGAACAUGUCAUAGAGGAGCUUCUAGACGAGGAGCAGGACAUCCAGCCCAGUGAGGGAAACAAGGAUGCAGACUUGUACACAUCCCGAGUCAUGCUAAGCAGUCAAGUGCCUUUGGAACCCCCACUGCUCUUCCUGCUCGAGGAGUACAAAAACUACCUGGAUGCUGCAAACAUGUCCAUGCGGGUCCGGCGCCACUCCGACCCGGCUCGCCGUGGGGAACUGAGCGUGUGUGACAGCACGAGCGAGUGGGUGACAGCAGCAGAGAAAAAGACUGCAGUGGACAUGUCCGGGGCCACCGUCACCGUCCUGGAGAAAGUUCCAGUACCCAAAGGCCAGCUGAAGCAAUACUUCUACGAGACCAAAUGCAACCCCAAGGGGUACACAAAGGAGGGCUGCAGGGGCAUAGACAAGAGGCACUGGAACUCGCAGUGCCGAACUACCCAGUCUUACGUGAGAGCUCUCACCAUGGAUAACAAAAAGAGAGUUGGCUGGCGCUUCAUAAGGAUAGACACUUCUUGUGUAUGUACAUUGACCAUUAAAAGGGGAAGAUAGUGGAUUUGUGUUGUAUAGAUUAUAUUGAGACAAAAUUAUCUAUUUGUAUAUAUACAUAACAGGGUAAAUUAUUCGGUAAAAAAUAAUUUUAUGGACUGCAUGUAUGACUGAAGUUUAUACAGUACAGUGGUUACACAAUCUAUUUAUUGAACAUAUCAAUGACCUGAAGGGGAACAAUAGUCAUUUGCGCACAAGUUUAAACUAACAAAAAAAAAAAAAAAAAAAGAGGAAAAAAAAAAAGAAAAUCAAGCGAACAAAAAAGUCUGCAUUACAUUCCUCCAUAACAUUGUGGUUUGUCGCCGUUGCCAAGAAUUGAAAAUAUAAAAUUAAAAAAAAAAAAGAAUGAAAUUGCAUGCUGCUUCAAUUGUGAAUUAAUGAUAAACUGUCCUCUUUCAGAAAAAUAAAUUGAACCAAAACAUUCUGUUUACAUUUUAGACAGUAAGUAUCUUUAGUCUGUUAGUAUAUAUGUUUACUGCUUCUAACUUCUGAUAGCGUUGAAAUUAAAACAAUGUCAAGGUGCUGUUGUCAUAGUUUUACUGUUUCUCUUUUACUUUUGAACUCCCAUCAGAUUGAAAAACAAAAAAUCAUUACAUUAUUCUGGAUUAGAAAAAAAUUUGGUUUUUGUAUGUUGUGAAGGUGUUUGCAAUAGCAGUCCGACUACUGACAAAAAAUAAUAAAAAGAGGCAACUGAAAAAGAAUGGUGAUGUUCCACUUCACAUUGUUGAACUUCAGGCUUAAAGACAACGCUUAUUUAACUGUAUGGCAACAUGCUUUUUUGGUUGUUGGGGGGGGUGGUUUGUUGUUGUUGGGGUUGUUUUUUUUUUUUCUUUUUCAAUUUUCUGUCUUUUGAGACAUGCAUUUGCUUAUACCAUGUUUGCUUGUAUUUGAGAAUUUUUUUCCCCCCUUUUCUCACUCUUGAGGGACAUUGGUUGUGAUCUUUAAGUAUUUCAUUUACCAUAGAACUGGAGCUUGUCAUAUAGAGAAUAUUCUAUAGAGUUCAGAGCAAUUAUUUUCAUAUAAUAAAAGACCAUGUUUGGAUCAAAUGUCUUGAUGAAGCACGGUGAGAGUGUCACUAGAAAAAGGGUCUAGAAAAGAGGAUGGUGGAUCUGAAAUGAGGCUGAUUGUGUGGGGCUUUAUAGCUCAGCCAGUUUGGGAACAAGUAACAGAGAUUUGGGUUGACUGAGGCUGUCCCAGUUGCAGUCAUUACUGAAUGUGGUCUGUGCGUUAUGUUAGCAAGAGCUGGCCAUGUGCGUGGAUGCCCUUCCCUCCAGAGCACAGCAGCAGCCCCAGGCCUGCAGAGCAAACUCUGGGGCAUCUGUGCCUGAAGAAGCCCUGGAAACCGCUUGAGAAUGGGACAGAGAGGAGCUGCUUCCAGCAGAGAGCAAUUGGCAUUGUGUUCCUGUGGCUCCACCUCUGCCAGCAGACUUACCUUAUGAAACUAACACUGGCACUAAAAAGCCACUCUGGAAGUAAGUGAGGAGCAAGUAUUGGAGGAGUUGGCUUAGCUUGCUUAGGCUCUGAGCUCUGUGAUCCCCCUGUCCUGACAGAAGUAUUGCUAAAAAGAGAGAUUGUGAGGCUGAGAGCUGUGCACAGCACAGUGGCCAUAGUGGGCUAAGAACUGAAAUAGCUUGUUAGUAAGCUGACUGGAGGCUCAGGCUAUAUUUGUAAUUCCUGGAGAUUAAAAAAUAGCUGAACAAGUAGGAGAAUGCUGCAAAAUAUAAUCUGCUUCUGAAUGCUGUAGAAUCUGUGUUCAUUAGAACUUUGACUGGGCAAAGCUUACUGAAAUAUGUUGGCUCCAGUAAUGCUCUUUGAAGAGCAUAUUUAUCACUGAUUUUAUGUCAUCACUGGUAGAAACCCGUGCUGGCAGCUAACAGACACUUUCACCUCAGUGAUUUCUUCUGUUUUGGGUAGAAGGGCAGCCCCUCCUGAGGAUAACUGCCUGUAAAGUGCCAGUGGCCAUGUGCACACCAGACUGUGAGUGAGAAGAGAGGGUUGUGUGACCCACCUGAGCUUCAAACUUCAGCCUUUCCCAUCAAUUGAUGAUGGGGAUUCCCACACAGAAAAAAGAAAACCAAAACCAACCCAAAACCUUAUUGAAAUUCUCAAAACUUCAUCUACAAUACUCUUCAUGCAAAUUAAAUAAUAGACUCAAAGAAGGUUUUGUGUUGGAAGGGACCUUAAAGAUCAUUUUUAUCAUGGGCAUGUACAUCUUCCACCUGACCAUUUCAUUCCCCUGGGGUCCCACCUGUGUGUGUGAUGUAAUUUGCAUUCAGUAAACCCAGGGUGACUCAGGAGCUGUUCUCAGCAGUACUCCUCAUCUGCAGCAGAGAAGUGCUGUAAUGUUGGCUUCUCUCAAAACAAGGGCUGGUUGCUUUGAAGGAAAGGAUGAUGCUGAUGUGUGAAUAACAAACAAAUCACUCAUCUAGACUGGAAGAGAAAAGGUAGUCAGGACCUGACAGUAGUCAAAUUAAUAUACAGGAAUCAAAUAACAACCAGUUCAAAGAAAUUUCCAAAAGAGAAGUGUUAAAGCACAAACCAUGCUACAAAUAAAGCUCCUUACUUAACAAGGUUAACUGUGGCUAUAUCCUUUACUUACACAUCCUCAGCUGGCACAGUGAGGGUGGUGCAGGUGUCACAGAAUGAGGGCAGUGGGAUGGUAGGUUCAGAGGGGUGAAGGACAGCCCAUGUAGCUGGGGGCACUGAGGGGUGGAGCUCGGAGCCCAGAGAGCUGUGUCUGGCACCUACACCAGAGCCAUAUUCCCCAGAACAUGCCAGCUCUGUGCUCAGUAACUGAUCAAUAACUGAUAUUAUUGAUAUUGGCAAUUAACCUGCAGCCCCAUGACUCUGCCAUGCCUGACCUUACAUGUCCAUGCUCACAGGCUGGGCAGUUUUAGUUAACACAGAGACAGAGAAGGGAGGGUUGGUUUUCCUUCACAUCACUUCAUUAAACUCUUAAUUAAACUUCAUUAAACUCUUGCUGUGGUCUGUUGGUGACAGAAGUAUUCCAUGCAUGUCAGCAGGCCUAGUGUUGUGUUAAAGGACUCUUGCAACUGUAAGUUCAUGUCUGUGGCCUUGUUUUCUAUUAUUCAUCUUGUGUAACAUAAAUAUUUAUUGUAUAUUUAUAUAAUUUUAUGUUUUUUUGAGAAAAUACUGAAAUUGGCAUUAAAAUUUAAAAGCAACUGCGUCAUAUUGUAAAUAUAAUUAAGCUAUAUUUAAGUGUACUGAUUAACAUAAUAUAUGUUUAACUAGAGUUUUUUAUGUUUUUAAAUAUAUUUUCGAAAUACAUAUAUAUAUAUAUAAAAUGGGGGUUUUUGGGGGACCAUGUGACUUUUCUCUAAUUGUAAAACAAACUUGAGUUUUACUAUAAAUAUGUGUGUUCUUUGUUUUAAAACAAUUUUUACUCUAUUUUAGCAAUAAAAUCUCACUCGGAGGGCA